AUGGUCAAGCGCAAGAGACCCAGAACAGAUGCCUCCACAAAGUCCCUCGCGGUUGAUGCGCAGUCUGGAGCGAAGACCACCGUCACAUCAUCCUCGCCGACUGAUAGCGAGACCACCGAAGAAGGCUUGCACGACAAGAACCUUGACAACACAGUCCGGCCACCGUUCCGUCUUCUUGAUUUACCGGCGGAGCUUCGCGAUGAAAUCUAUGAGAAAGUCGCUCAGCAAGAUCCAUACGUGGUUCUUAAAGGAAGCCGCUUGCAAGUCGCCUCCAAGCUGUGCGCCGUAAGCCGUCAAGUCCAAGGAGAAUACCUAGCAAUUCUCGAGAACUCAGCAAACAUCACGACGACCGUCGUGCGCUUUGACUUUCGACCCAUUGUUCGCUUCCUAAAUCGUCUUUCGGAAAGCUAUGUCAAGAAGCUGUCAACCUUGCGCCGAACCCCAGUCAAACGAACCAUCAACAUCCAACUCGAACUACCGAGCGCCACACGCGAAGAGAUUGAGAUGGCACUCUGGCACGCACUCAACCCGACACCCGAGAAGCGAGGCGUCGACAUGACGUUCUCCUACGUGUUUGCGUACUCUACCAAAUACGCCAAUAAGGACAGCGAUUUCACUGUCACCGAGGACUGGAUUCAUGGAAUUGAGUCAUUCUACGCUGGCCGCGCUGAAGAGGAGCUGGACAAAAUUAUUGCCGCGUUUGACGCCUGGGCCAAUACUGCAUUGUGA